AUGACGUUUGUACGUCAUUUUGGUCACCCUGAUUUAUUUAUAAUCUUUACUUGCAAUCCCAAGUGGAUUGAAAUUGAAAUUGAACCAUUAAACAGUCAGAGGCCCACUGACAGGCAUGAUCUUCUUGCCCGAGUUUUUCGGUUGAAGCUACAGAAACUCAUGGAUUUAAUCAAGAUAGGACAGGUAUUCGGGAGUGUUAAAUGCGACAUGUAUACUGUCGAGUGGCAAAAAAGAGGUCUUCCGCACGCCCAUAUUCUAUUAUGGUUGUCCUCAAAAAUCAAUUCAAACAAUAUAGACAGCCUGAUAUCAGCAGAACUGCCUGAUCCAGUGGUUGACCCAGAUAUUUUUCAGAUAGUACGCUCAAACAUGAUUCAUGGACCUUGUGGGUACGGAUUUAACAUUCAUUCACCGUGCUUCAGAGAUUCGAAAUGCAUGAAAGGGUUUCUGAAGAAGUUCCAGCUUCAUACUCAGAUGGGCAACGAUAGCUACCCCCUAUACAGACGAAGGCGUUCUGAAGACAGUGAGCUCACGGUUAAGGUAGAGCACCACGAAGUAGACAACAGGUGGAUCGUGCCAUUUUGCCCUCUUCUGUCCAAAGCGUUUAACGCUCAUAUCAACGUAGAGUUUUGCAGUUCAAUCAAGUCCAUCAAAUACGUCUGCAAAUAUAUAAAUAAAGGGACAGAUGCGGCUACGUUUUGUCUGCAGCAAAAUGGUAACCGAGACGAGGUAGCACAAUACCAAGUCGGCAGAUACAUAACCAGCAAUGAAGCAUUCUGGAGAAUUUUCGGUUUUCCUUUACAACAAAGGCAUCCGCCUAUUCAACAGCUCGCAAUCCACCUUGAGAAUAGUCAACUCAUUUACUUCACGCCUUCAACUGCUGCAACUGUUGUCGAAUACCCUAAAGACACUACCCUAACUGCCUUUUCCAAGCUAUGUAACGUAGAUACAUUUGUUGAAACAUUACUCUACUAUCAAGUACCAUCAUACUACUCUUGGAGCAACAAUACAUGGCAGCGACGGAGGAUAGACAGCCAGGUUGAUGGCUUCCCGACUGUGAACUUUGACACUUGCCUCGGCAGGAUAUAUACCGUUCACCCAAGUCAGCAGGAGUGCUUUUACCUUCGCUUGCUCCUUCAUGAUGUCAGGGGCCCUAAAUCAUUCCAACACCUGAAAACCGUAAACGGCGAGAUCUGUUCCACCUUCAGGGAGGCAUGCCUAAGAUAUGGGCUGCUCGAGAACGAUUCAAAGUGGGAUGCAACUCUUGCUGAAGCUGCCAAUUCACGGUCUGCUAAAAGUCUCAGAGCCCUCUUUGCCAUUCUUUUGCAUAUUUGCGAGGUAUCAGACCCGGUCUCUAUGUGGCUUAGGUAUAGAAAUGAACUUGCUGAAGAUUAUUACCAACUUGAAAAAAGGCGAGUUCCCGAAAUUAAUUCUGCCAAUGAUCAGAUCUACAACUGCGCAUUGAUUGAUAUAGAAAACAAGAUUGUUUUAUACGGACUGCCCGCAACUCUUCGUGAUGAAUCGAAUUUUAUGUCAACCAAGCUCAUUCGUGAAAUGUCCUACAAUGCUGACACUCUUGCCCAAUUCAUAGACGAAAAUGAGCCGAAGCUCCUACCAAAACAGCAACAAAUUAUAAACACAGUUUUGGGAAAUGUUCAGAACCAGAAAGGCGGGAUUUUUUUCCUAGAUGCACCUGGAGGCACAGGAAAAACUUUCCUUAUUAAGCUUCUUCUUUCAAAGGUGAGGCUGAAUAAAGUCAUUGCAUUGGCAGUGGCAUCCUCCGGUAUUGCUGCAACUCUCCUAGCUGGCGGCAGGACUGCUCAUUCUGCUUUUAAGCUGCCCUUAGACUUAGCGAAAUCUGAAAGCCCCUCCUGCAACAUUACCAGAACGUCUGAAAAAGGCAUGCUUUUGCAGAAGUGCCAAUUCAUCGUGUGGGAUGAAUGCACUAUGGCCCACAGACGAGCUCUAGAAGCCCUCAACACUACACUGCAAGACAUCAGGGAUUGCCCGACUCCUAUGGGAGGUAUAACGCUUCUUCUUUUUGGCGACUUUCGGCAGACACUUCCUGUUAUUCCCAAAGGGACCAGGGCUGACGAAGUCAGUGCAUGCGUCAAAUCAUCUUUGUUAUGGCAACAUGUAACAACACUCACUCUGACGACGAAUAUGCGAACGAAACUGCAUAAUGACCAGCAAGCAGCGCAAUUCGCUUCAAAUGCUUUAUCGCUCGGAGAUGGAAAACUAAUGCUCGAUGGAGAUGGACAAAUUUUAAUAUCCUCCAUUUGUACACCUGUCAGUACAGUAGAAGAGCUCACAAGAAAAGUUUUCCCCAGGCUAUAUGAAAACUAUCGGGACAUUAAGUGGUUAUGCGAAAGAGCUAUUUUAGCCUCAAAAAACGGUUUGGUCAACGCAAUAAAUGACCAACUGCUGCAAAUCAUUCCUGCUAGUCUAUAUGUCUACAAAUCUAUGGAUUCUUUUCCCAGCCCUAACCAAGUGGUAAACUACCCUAUCGAAUUCCUGAAUUCACUUGAACCUCCGAGACUGCCACCUCAUAAACUUGGGCUGAAGUUGGAAUUCCUGUUAUACUUCUUAGGAAUCUAA